UGCACAAUUAAAUGAGGCAAUUAAGGAUGUCCUUUAUAUAGCUCUCCUUACAUGACAUGCAAAUUUAUUAUAUCAGCAUUCUUGCACUUAAAAAAAAUCCCUUGUAAUGUAUUAAACUAAUUAGCAUCCUUGGUUCACAUAUAAUAUUCUACAUUAGGGUAGCACAAAAAUAAAUUGUUCGCUUUGGCCCAGAUUCUUAGGCAAAGGGAAUAAAGAGCUUUGGCUGCAACUAUGUGAAGGUUGGGGGGGAGGGGGGAGAAAUCAUAAAUCUCAAAGCUCUAUGAAGUCAGGCUGUAGCAGCUCUCACAGCCAAUAGUGGGAUCAAUGCACAUUCUGAAAUGACUGAUUGUCCAAUGGGUCAGUACUUUACAUAGACUCAUUGGCAACUGGGCACAUUCCUGAACAGCAAGUGACUAAAACAUACCAUUAAUACACAAUGUUUUAAUGACUUGAGGUACUUGACAAACAAAUCACAGCUUUUCAGCUGUUUAAGGAUAACACCAUCAAUUAAUCACCUGCAAUAGGCUAGAGAACUAUAUUCAACUGCAUUUGUACCAUGCAGAUAGUAUAACAAACCUGAUUAGGGCCUCUGGGCACCAUGGUAAUACACAAUUACAAAUGUUAAUAAUGCAAGUUUGUGUUUACACACCAAAAGUGACUUCAACUACAGAAAAGUGAUGGUAUGUAGUAGAGCUACAAUUCUCAAAAUGGCACUUUUAUAAAACUUGGACAUUUGUGAGCAACAGGUUGCAAUUUUAGCCUAGAUUAUUAGGAGUUGUAGGCCAUGUUAUAUGCAAUUUCACCUAUAUUUUGCAAUCAGGUUUAACAUUUGAUGCAUGAUCUUCAUGUGACAAUAAUAUGACCAUUUGUAAUAUACCAAUUCCUCUGAUGGAUACAGCCACUCCCUUUGUAGUAAUAAGGCAAUGAGUCAUACCUCAUACAGUUACACCCAGUGCUUGCACAGAUCUGGAACUAAUUUUAUGAAAGUAAGAACACUUCAAGGCUAAGAAACAACGAAUGGUCCUGCAGCACCUUAGAAAUAAGCCAUGAGCCAACCCAAAAGAGUAGUCAGCCUCUUCUGGGGACAGAAGUCACCUGGCAUUUAUUUACUCUCCUGCCCAGAGCACACUAGUGGUGUACAGCUGGCAAGUGCAGUCACCUGGGCUCUCAUGUUUUACUGCGGGCUUACCGUACACAGUCAGACUCGCCCUGUUCUUCGCAACAAAACGUUAACUGGGCGACUGUCAAUGGGCGCUCUGCAAACACAAACGCUCGGUGCCGGUCCGGGACCCAUCCCUGUCCUCGCCGAGCCCCCUCCCCGGGCGCACAGAGCGAGCUACCAAAGCGCUCGCCUUGCCCCGGCCUAGCUUGCAGCAGGACUUGCUGGCCCGCUUACUGAGGCGGAAGGGAGGGUGGUUUCCCCGCGCGCCGCGUUCACACGAGCGCCCUGCGAUUUGUCCCCCGCACUGCCAUCAGCUUCUCGCCCCAGUCAGCUGCCCAGCGCCAGGCCUACACCCACGUGGGCCCACUCGCCAUAGCAACGAAACGCUCCCCCACGUACUUCAACCUCAGCCCCUACUGCGGGCGGCGCGCCCUUUUAACAGCCGUGACCCACAGGGCUCUUUUAAGCGGUGGUGAGCGCAUGCGCGCGGAGUUAGCGGGGCGGGCGAAGUCCAGUUAGUUUAAUGAGCUGCUUGCUGGUCUCGCGCCUUAGAAGGGUGCGCACGAGUCUCGGACCCGGGUCACUGAUGUACAGAGUGGAAUUCCUGCUAACGUAGCAAUGAUUGUACAAAGAGUGGUGUUGAACUCACGUCCUGGUAAAAAUGGUGUGCCUGUGGCAGAAAACUUCCGAAUGGAAACAGUCACUCUACCAGAUAAAAUCACAGAUGGACAGGUACGAGCUAGAACCCUGUACCUCUCAGUGGACCCUUACAUGCGCUGCCGCAUGAAUGAAGACACAGGUUCUGAUUACCUCCUGCCCUGGCAGUUGUCUGAGGUUGUUGAUGGUGGGGGCAUUGGUAUUGUGGAGGAGAGCAAACAAGCUAACUUGGCUGAAGGAGAUAUUGUAACUUCUUUCAACUGGCCCUGGCAGACCAAGAUCAUUUUAGAUGGAAGACUCCUCCAAAAGCUUAAUCCACAGUUUGUUGAUGGACACCUCUCCUACUUUCUUGGUGCAGCUGGCAUUACUGGACUGACCUCUUUUCUAGGAAUAAAAGAGAAGGGACAUGUGACUCCAGGUGCCAAUCAGACAAUGGUUGUCAGUGGGGCUGCUGGUGCCUGUGGUUCUUUGGCUGGUCAGAUUGGCCGCCUGGAGGGCUGCUCUAGAGUGGUAGGAAUCUGUGGUACAGAUGAGAAGUGCUCCAUUUUGGUCUCAGAAAUGGGGUUUGAUGCAGCUAUCAAUUACAAGAAGGGGAAUGUGUCAGAGCAGCUGCAUGAACUCUGCCCAGCUGGUGUGGAUGUUUACUUUGACAAUGUUGGUGGAGACAUCAGUGAUGCAGUUAUAAAUCAGAUGAAUCAAAACAGCCAUAUCAUCCUAUGUGGACAGAUUUCACAGUAUAAUAAAGAUGUGCCUUAUCCUCCUCCAUUGCCUCCAGCAAUAGAAGAAAUACAGAAAGCAAGGAAUAUCACAAGGGAGAGAUUUCUGGUAUUGAAUUAUAUGGACAAACAAGAAGCUAGUAUUUUACAGCUCUGUCAUUGGAUCAAAGAAGGGAAACUGAAGAUCAAAGAAACUGUGGUAAAGGGCCUGGAAAACAUUGGGGAGGCUUUCCAGUCCAUGAUGACCGGAGGCAACAUUGGAAAACAGAUAGUGCUGAUUUCUGAAUAAAAAUUAUGCCUCUUCAUAUCAGAAAACUCUACAAUUCAGCAAUGCUGCCUGCUGUCAUGGGGCUGCUUAGGCCUCUGAGGAAUAGUUAAUCAAGCUCAUCUGAUAGAGUUGCUGGAAAAUUAUAAAAAUCCGAAGCUAUUCUGUUUGAUGUCUCUCUUCAGCCUUCUUCCAUCAGUGUAAAUUGAGGGAAGCUGCUGCAGUAGAAAAGGCUAGGAAGGAGGACUCUGCCUACUUGAAUGCAGUUGCAGAUAUGGAAAGGGUGAGCUAGAAUAAAGGGGAAAUGAUCAUAGGAGCUGUAGAUCGGUGUAAUUCUCAUGUGAUUAAAGAGCAGUAAUAUGUUAGAA